AUGGAAAAAAUCGUGGAAAUAAUUGAGGGAUUAAGCAGUUCUGAUAGCCAUGUACGAAAUGAAUGUGAAAACACAUUAAACUAUUAUAAAAAGAAUGACCUAAAUAAUACAGUGUUGUCCAUUUUGAAAUUGUUAAAAAGUCAUAAGGAUAGCCAGGUGAGGUUACAAUGUGCUAUAUUAAUAAGGAAUAUAUUUCGUGCUUAUAUCAAAACAUCAAAUGUAGAAACAGGAGGGGAGAAAGAAAACAAUGAGAAUUCAUUAGGAAAUGGAGAAGAAGAAAAUUAUUGGGAUUUAUUACCAGAGAAUUUAAAAAAUAUUGUAAAGUCAGAACUGAUAAGUAAUAUAAGCACUGAAACAGAUAAAAUGGUAAGAAGUAAUUUGUGUAAUAACAUAAUUGAUUUAUCAUCCAAAUUACUUAUAAACAAGCAGUGGCCUGAAUUAUUAUCUGUCACAUUGGGCUUUUGUAAUUCUAAUAACAACGAUGUAUUGAUUAGUGGAUUUAAAAUAUUGGGAGGCAUUUUAAGUUGUAUCCCAAAUGAAUUAGAAUUAAAAAGAGAGUUAGUUUCAUCUGUUUGUAUGAAGGGGUUAAACUCAUCAGAUGUGCAAGUCAGAGGAGAAUGCAUAAAUUUAAUUUCAUGCAUAGUUGAAGAUAAUAGCCCCAUAUUAGUUAAAAGUGUACAACCAUACAUUCCUCAAAUAUUACAGUCUCUAAGUUUGAUGGUUAAAAAUAGUAGUUCAGAUAUAUCUGUGUUAGAAGAAUGUGAAAAAGUACUUCAAGCCAUUGGAAAAAUGAUUGAUUACAAUGCAAAAUUUUUUACAAAACAUAUUUCCACCCUUUGUGAUAUUUUGUUUAGUAUAUGUAUGAAAGGAGAAAAUGAAUUAAAUUACGAUUUUGAUAGUAGCUUAAAAUCGCUAAGUAUUGAAGCACUCAUCACUAUUCCUGAAAGAAGACCUAAAAUGGCCUUAUCAGUACCUCAUUUUGUAGAUAAAAUUAUUCACCUUUCAAUGUUAUUCAUGCUUGACAUAAAUAAUGAUUCAUUUAACGAAUGGAUGAAUUCAAUUAAAGAAGGAAAGGAUGAUAAUCAAGAAUUGUAUGAUAUAGGAGAAGAAUCUCUAGAUCGAGUUGGAAAAGCAUUUAGUGAAAUUGAAGAAGCAGAAUUUAUUCAUAUUUUGUAUAAUAAAGUUUCAGAAUUUUUAAUGAAAAAUACAUGGGAACACAAAUAUGUUGCUAUUAUGGCUAUAGCACAAACAAUUGAAUAUUUGCCAGAAGAUGAAAUAGAAGAUCAGUUAGAACAUGUAAUAAAAAUGUUAUUACAAGUUUUGCUAGAUCAAGAUGUUAGAGUUAGGUAUGCUGCUUGUCAAGCGAUUGGUCAGAUCUCUCUAGAUCAUCAACCAUAUGUGCAAAAAGAAUAUCCUAGACAAAUAAUAACUGCUUUGAUAACAACUAUGAAUGACGUUCACCUUCGAGUUCAAUCUCACGCAACUGCAGCUUUUGUAAAUUAUGCAGAAGAAUUAGACAAAAUGGCAUUACUACCUUUUGCAGAUAUGAUAAUUGAUAUUCUUUUACAGAAAUUAAAUUCAUCCAAUUAUUUACUUGUAAGAGAACAGGCCGUAACCGCCAUAGCAGUGAUUGCAGGAGUCAUUGAAGAAGAUUUUUUAAAAUAUUAUGCUACUGUUGUGCCCAUGAUGAAAGAUAUAAUUCAGAAGGCUGUUUCAGAAGAAGAAAGGACAUGUAGAGGUAAAGCUAUUGAAUGUAUAUCUAUAAUAGGAUUAUCUGUAGGAAAAGAAAUAUUUUUAGAAGAUGCAAAAGAAUGUAUGAAUGCAUUACUUCAAAUAAGUAGCACCAAAAUGGAUCCAGAUGAUACAGUUAAGGAAUAUAUUCAAGAAGCUAUUGGUCGAAUAUGCAGAGCUUUAGGAAAUGAUUUUUUCCCAUAUCUAAGCAGCAUAGUUCCUACUAUUUUAUCCCUUUUAAGUGUGUUACCAAAACCUUUAACAGAUGAUGAAGAAGAUUUAACUAUCACAAUGGUUUCGAACGGUCAAUAUGUUGGUCUAAAAACUUCCCUUUUAGAAGACCAAGAAAAAGCCUUAGAUUUAUUAAUUAUCAUUAUUGAAGUAUUGAAGGAGAAUUAUAAAGAUUACAUAGAAGCAACUGCCACUGCUGUUUUACCAAUGUUGAAUUAUGAAUUGUCAGAUGAAAUAAAGCAGAAGGCUUUAACAGCAGUCAGCGAAUUAAUAGAAGCAGCAAGAAUUUUAUCAGAAAAAACGGACAAUAACAAAACCAUGUUACAUGCAAUUUUAACAGCCGCUGCAGAAAAGGUUCUUAAAAGCUUAUCAGAAACAAAGUUAGAUGAUAAUUAUGAAUAUAUUUUAGAUGUAAUGAUAAUAGAAUCCAACGGAUUGUACAUGUGUUUACAAAAAGCUGGUGCAAAUGUAUUACCUGAUAAUACAUUGAAACUAUUUUUUAAUCAAAUAUUCAAAUUGUUACAAUGUUCAACAGAUAGGAGGUUAAUAUAUAACCAGAAAAAAAAUAAUGAUGAUGUAGAUGAAGAUGAAUUGCUAAUUAUUGAUAGGGAAGAAGAAUUAGAACAGAAUUAUAGAACCAAUUUGUUAGAUAUACUUGGAGUAUUAAUAAAAUACCAUUCAACACAAUUCUUAAAUACUUGUUGUGAUAUUUGUAUCACAUUUAUAAACACAUAUUUGAACUCUCCAAACUCUGAAGAUGUUGCUUUAGCUUUAUAUGUAUGUGAUGAUUUACUAGAGUUCUUACAAGAAAAUAGUGUAUGUCUUUGGGAAUAUUUUAUGAAUCCAUUAUUACUAAAUAUUAAUCACACAGAUGAUAAGGUGAAACAAGCUGCAUGUUAUGGAGUUAUACAAGCAACAAAAAUUGAAGCAUUCAGUAAGUAUGCAAAUAUUGCUGUGGAUUAUUUGUUGAAAUUAAUUCAUCAAAAUACUUCAAAUAAGAAGCCAAAGGAAUUUAUUUCAGCAAUUGAUAAUGCUGUUGCUGCCUUGGGUGAUAUUGUUCUAAUGCACACAUCCAAAUUUAACAAUGCUGAAGAACUAAUCAAAUUGUGGUUAAAUAAUUUACCAAUUAAAGAAGAUGAUGCUGAGGGAAGGCGAGUCCAUAAAAAUUUAAUAGAUCUCGUUUCUCAAAAUCAUCCUCUACUUUUUGGUAAGGAUAAUUCCAAUACUGCAAAAAUUAUAGAAAUAUUUUUAACUAUUUACGAGACAGAUUUUUCGGAUGCUGAUUGUAACAAGAAAAUUGCCUCCCUAAUUAACUCCCUCGAUCAGUCCUAUUUAAGCAACUUGGCUUCCUCUGCCUUGACAAACAAGCAGGCCAAGAAACUGAAUAAUAUUGUCAACACUAGCCGAAAAUAG